GUCAAGCAGACGACAGUAGUGUACGAAGACGCUGUUUUUGCAUUCCUCAUUUGUCAUUCACCAACGUUUCUCGUCUCGAUUGCAAAAGCAAGCAACGUUUUCGGCGUUUGCUUCGCAAUGAGCACCCGAGGAGUAGAGACUGACGAGCAACAAAGGAUUCGAUUCCAGGUAGAGCUGGAGUUUGUGCAAUGUUUUGCCAAUCCUAAUUAUCUGCACUUUCUUGCUCAACGUGGCUACUUCAAGGAUCCUUCUUUUGUUAAUUACAUCAAAUAUUUACAGUAUUGGAAGGAACCUGCUUAUGCAAAAUAUCUAAAGUAUCCCAUGUGUCUGCAUUUCUUGGACUUGCUUCAGUACGAGCACUUCAGAAAGGAAAUUGUCAAUGGUCAGUGUGCCCGUUUCAUUGACGACCAGCAAAUUCUCCACUGGCAGCAUUAUACCAGGAAAAGAGUCAGGCUACUUCAGAGUCAAGCUGAAAAGCACAUGAUGGCUAUUCAAAAUGAGCCAACACCCCAGAAAAGUGUAUGAUUUGUGGUAUGUCUUUUCGUGAAAUUUUUAAAAAUAAUCUCCUAUUGGUGACUUCUACAAGACAAUAUAAACAAAUUCUUUUGUAA